CGUUGGGAUUGAAUGAGGUUGAAUGCCUAGCAAGUAUUUGCCUGAAUAAAUUUUACAAGAGUAACAUGUGAAGUGUGAACAACUAAAGUUUCCCUUUUCAGUUCAUACUUCAUACCCACGAGCUUCCCGCACUAUCUCCCACCUGUAUUCCCCAAAUAUAAAUAAUCAGCAAACCGGCCGCCUGCAAAUGCAAUCAAAUCCAAUAAUAUACUAAAAUCAUUGUAAUUAUUUGAUCACCAGGCCCAUCUUCAAGAAUGCAACUAGUUAGCAUGAUAUGCAUGGAGGCCGCCGCCGCGGCGGACAAUAAGCAACGGAAAUGCCCCACAAAAUUGGAUCUCAGCGCCCCACUUUUAUCGGCCAGAACUCGCAGGGCGUCCAUCCUUCCCAAUGAUGAUGAUGCUCCUCAACUCACGGCGGAGUCCGACGGCGAUGAUAUAUGUAAACGAAUCCCCUUUUCCUGGGAGGAGACCGCCGGGAAACCCAAACGAGCAAGGGAUGUUCGGGCGGUCUGUCUCGUCCCCUCACCGCCACCGGGGAGAACAUAUGACGAAGGGAGCGUCGAGAGCAGAGAGUUACUGCUGUACUCUGACGCUCUCGACGCUUUCUCGUCGUCGGACGAGGAAGAAGAGGAAUCUUCUUCGUCGUCUGACGAGGGGGAGGGUUUCGAGCGGGCGGAUUUCAUCUUUACGCGGUUUUUGAAGGACGCUGAGGCGCUGGCGACUAGCGGCAGGGGUUCGCGCGGCUGGAUUGUUAGUCGGCCGGCUGAAUCCUGUUUUGCCCGGGCGGCGCUGAGCGUGGGACAGAUGCUGUACGAGCCUCCCUGCUGCGGCAGGGCAUGUGGGAGGGACAUCUUGCCGCCGUGGAGGAUGAAGGUGGAGCAACCGUGCGGCGGCGGCGGCGUGAGGGACUCGGUUGUGGCGGUUGCUUCCUCUAGAGGAAAGGAAAUUAAAACUACACAAUUCUUCUCUUGAAAGGUGUUAACUUUUCUUGUGACACAAGAGAGGGGGAAUGAAAAUAUCAUACCAAUAAAUUACACCUUAUAAA